AGAAAAUAAAAGCGGGUCCUCCAUUCUCUUCUUCCUUUUCCCUCGUUAAUAAAUACUACCGCUAUCUGUCAUGCACUCCGACAAUAGAAAGACGAGAGCUUUCAAUGCUUUUCACUGUCUCACUACCUCGACGGCGAACUUUCCGGCUUCUCCUCCACUUUCCCAUUUCCUCUUCUCAGAAAAAUUCCUUAACCGUUGGAGAUUUGAAAACAUUUUCACCAUUUCAUCUAUGUAACCGUUUCUUGCCCAUAGUUUUUUCUCGCCGGCCAAUGUGUCUGUCUUAUUGCGUCUGGGUUUUUUAGUAGCAGCAAAUUCUUCUAAAUUUGCAUCUUUUAUUCAUGCCAAAGCUAUGUUGUGCCUUCUCUAGCUCUACGCGGCGUUCAUUCCGUUCAAAACAGACUCUUCAUCUCUACAAAUUGGAGUCUUGUAGGUAGUGUUUUCCAAAUACUCUUGAGCUGAAAUGGGAAGGGUGUUCUGCAUUUUCGUUCUGAGUCUUUUAUCUUCCAUUUUGGUUAGGGCUUUAAACCCUCCCCUAAAUGACGAUGUUCUUGGGUUGAUUGCCUUCAAAUCCGACAUUCUUGAUCCAGUAGGAAAGUUGGUUUCUUGGUCUGAAGAAGAUGAUAGUCCGUGCAAUUGGGUUGGGGUCAAAUGCAAUCGUAGAUCCAAUAGGGUAACCGAGCUUAACCUUGAUGGUUUUGGGCUUUCUGGGAAGAUGGGUAGUAGAGGGCUUCUUCAAUUACAGUUUCUUAGAAAGCUUUCCCUUUCCAAGAACAAUCUUACAGGAGGGUUAAGUUCUAGUCUUACCCAGAUUCCUAAACUUAAAGUUUUGGAUUUGAGCCAGAACAAUUUAUCUGGGAAUAUCUCAGAAGAGUUCAUUCAACAAUGUGGGUCGUUAAAAUCGAUCUCCUUAGCCCAAAACAGGUUCUCAGGACAAAUCCCAGAGAGUUUGAGCUCAUGUGUAUCUUUGAUUGCCUUAAACUUGUCUUCGAAUUGGUUUUCUGGAAGUUUACCAUCUGGAAUUUGGUCUUUGCCUUCCUUAAGGUCACUUGAUCUGUCAGACAAUUUUCUCAAGGGUGUGAUUCCAAAGGGCAUUGGAGGUCUCAAGAAUCUGAGAGAGAUUAAUUUGAGGAAAAAUCAAAUCUUGGGUAAAUUACCUCCCGAAAUAGGAGACUGUCUACUACUUAGAUCAAUUGAUUUUAGCCAAAAUUCCCUUUCUGGUACGCUUCCUAUCUCAUUUCAGCACCUAAGAAUGUGUAAGCGAUUGGUGUUGAGAAGAAACACACUUUCUGGUGAUAUUCCAGAAUGGAUUGGAGAAAUGAAAAGCCUUCAGACAUUAGACCUUUCAGAAAACACCUUUUCUGGCCAUAUCCCAACUUCCAUAGAAAAGCUUCAGUCUUUGAACACACUCAAUCUCUCCAAGAAUUCGAUAUCUGGAAACUUUCCAAUCUCCAUGUCCAAUUGUUCAAACCUUUUUGCUUUGGAUGUUAGUUAUAACUUCUUAGCAGGUGAACUCCCUUCAUGGCUUUACAAUCUGGGGUUGCAGAAGAUCAUACUUUCAGUAAACAAGUUUAAGGGUAAUCUUGGUAAUAUUUUGGGUUCAUCCACAAACAAUUCCCGCCAAAAGAUUGUGUCUUUGGAUAUGUCUGGCAAUGAUUUAUCUGGGGAGAUUCCAUCUGUUCUUGGGGACUUUAGUGGGUUGGAGUUCUUGAAUUUGUCUGGAAACUCACUUGUUGGAAGCAUUCCCAAAAGUAUUGGAAGGUUGAGAUCUUUGGAUAUUAUGGACUUAAGUGAGAAUGAGUUGAAUGGAAGCAUCCCUUUAGAGAUUGGGGAAAUCACUUCUAUCAGGGAAUUGUGGCUUCAGAAGAACUCGUUAUCUGGCGAAAUUCCCUCUUCCAUCAUGAACUGCUCAUCGUUAGUGACAUUGUCUCUUUCCCAUAAUGACAUAACUGGCCCUUUCCCAGCAGCCUUAGCCAAACUUAAUUCCCUCCAAAACCUUGACUUGUCUUUUAACAGAAUAACCGGAAGCCUACCAAAACAGCUAUCCAGUCUUGCUCACCUCUUAUCCUUCAACAUUUCACAUAACCAAUUAAAUGGAGAGCUACCCACAGGUGGUUUCUUCAACAGAAUUUCACCAUUUUCUGUUUCUGGGAAUCCCUCUCUUUGUGGGCCCGCUCUUAAUACCUCAUGUGACCCUCUCAUUCUUCCCAAACCUCUAGUACUGAACCCUAACUCAACCGUCGAUGACUCCUCUCCCGCAAAAGCCCUUCCAACCUUCCAUCACAAGAAGAAAAUCCUUAGCAUUUCUUCCCUUAUCGCCAUUGCUGCAGCAGCUGUAAUCUUCUUUGGUGUGAUAACUAUAAGCGUCCUCAAUACGCGUGCCCGUCAACCCGUCACUUCUCCACGUGCAUUUUAUGGCGGUGACGAUUCUACCCCUUGCUCCACUAACACCAAUGGCGAAGCUAGUGGUUCGGGUAAGCUCGUCAUGUUCUCCGGAGAUCACAACUUUAGUGUGGGCCCCGCUCAUCGUCCCUUGCUCAACAAGGACUCCGAGAUAGGCCAUGGUGGGUUCGGGACAGUUUACAAAACCGUCCUCGGGGAUGGACGUGCCGUUGCGAUCAAGAAACUCACUGUCUCAAAUCUAGUGAAGUCUCAGGAGGACUUCGAAAGGGUAGUUAAGAACUUGGGAGAAGAAGAUGUCCGUCAUGGUAACCUUGUGUCACUUGAGGGCUACUAUUGGACACAAGACCUCCAGCUUCUCAUAUACGAAUUCGUUUCGGGUGGAAACCUCUAUGAGCGUCUCCACAACGCGUCAGGUUCUGAUCUCGGUUGGAACGAGCGGUUUAAAGUGAUACUCGGGACUGCAAGAAGUCUAGCCCAUCUACACAAAAUGAACAUCAUCCACUACAACAUGAAGUCGAGCAACAUUCUAAUGGAUGAGUCAUCUGGCGAGCCGAAGCUAUCGGAUUAUGGAUUGGCAAGGCUACUACCAACAUUGGACCGAUACGUGCUUAGCAGUAAAGUCCAAAGCGCCCUUGGAUACAUGGCACCCGAGUUCGCAUGCAAAACCGUGAAGAUAACCGAGAAGUGUGACGUGUAUGGAUUUGGCGUUCUGAUUCUCGAGAUUGUGACGGGAAAGAAACCGGUGGAGUAUAUGGAGGAUGAUGUAGUGGUGGUAUGUGAUAUGGUGAGAGGAGCAUUGGAAGAAGGGCGGGUGGAAGAAUGCAUUGAUGAGAGGUUGCAUGGGGUGUAUAAUCUUCUUGAGGAGGUCAUUCCUGUGGUCAAGUUAGGGCUCAUAUGCACGUCUCAAGUUCCAUCUAAGAGACCUGAUAUGGCAGAAGUGGUGAAUAUGUUAGAGUUGAUCAGGUGUGCUUAGCUUCUCCAGAUCUAGCAUGAUGGGUUAAUCCGUUAGUAUAUGAUCUGAAGAAAAGAAAAUUAAGGUGCAGUUUUAAACAGAGUGUUUUGAGGAUGUAUUAUCCAUCUGGGGAAGAAGAAUCCGGGUUGUUUAAUUUAAGUUAGAACUUAAAGUCUUUCUGCAUGGUUUUUUCUUCAUUUAAUUGGUCUAGAAAUCUUGGAUACCGGAUUCUUUUGCCCCAGGUUUUAAUUUCACAUCUGUUAAGUUGUUAUUAUAUGGGUAAUUAAUUUAAUUAGCUGCGCUAUAUAUGUGAAAUGUGACAGUACGUACAACGUAGUCCGUAGGAGUACUUAUACUAGUGUAAAGCCAGGGCAUGUCCGGUAGCAUAUCAAUUUGCUAUGAGUUAAAAUGUAAAAUACAAAUAGAUAUCGUGAAUU